AUGACCGUCGCGUGCGUCGCGCGCUUUUCCAUCGCUGUCUUCGCGUGCGUCGCGACCGUCCACAGUCUGACCUUUGACGCUUCGGCUCAGGCCCUUUGGCUCGACCGGUUCAACUACUUUCGCUCCACGGGGCUGCCGUGGUCAGCAGGCAACAUGCGCCGACUCGGCUGGAGCUCCCGCUUGGCCGCGUCGGCUCAGAAGACGGCCGCUACGUGCGCUAUGGAGACGUCAAAGCCGAACGUGAUCUUGUACCAGUCGGUCAACUCGACCGCCACUGCCGCCGCCCCCUCGUCGUCGUCGUCUUCUUCUUUGUCUUUGAUUGACGACGCGAUUCAGCAAUGGGUCGUGACGACGUCCCUCGCGACGCUCCCGACACUGACUCAGCCCGGGGCCGCUCGUGUCGGCGUCGGCAAAGGCACGUACAACUCGUACUCGCAGGUGCUAUGGGCCACGACCACAUCCGUUGGCUGUGCGGCCGCCAGCUGCUCGCACGGAGCGAAAGAGGUACUCGCGUGCGAGUUUGCGCCCGCUGGCAACGACGGGACGUCGGCGUGGUACGUUCAUGCCGAGGCGGCGUCCGAGUGCCCCGAGGGCACGACAGCUUCCCAGGGCUUUUGUAUCGUCGAGGGAGAUGCCGCCAACGCUCCUAUUGCGCCGAUCCCCGCCGGGAUGCUGACGUACCAAGUGUACCCGGCGUACGUGGCCACCAUCCAGACGGUCCUGAUCGAAGCGGCACGAGCGCUUGCGAGCGGCAAUCGACAGCCAGCAUCAACGCCAAGUGCGACAAGUACGACGGCUGCAGAGGGUGCUCCUCCUCCUUUGUCGUCUUCGGAUCCGCCAGCGGUACAUGUUGAAGAAGAAGGUGACAGUGUUGUUCAGACUGCGACUUUGGCUGAAGAGCCAUCGCCAUCGUCAGCGGCGCGGGUGAAGAAGUCGCGCGUUAGCGCUAGAUCGAUCUCAACGCCGACAGAAACAGGCGAGACGUCAACCGAAGCAGGCGAGACGCCGACAGAAGCAGGUGAGACGGCGGACUCGACUGAUGGUGCGGUUGACCAAAUAGAAGUGGCAGUGAUGCCGAAGACGUACGUGUCGAAGCCACCGGUCGAUAGCGAGCAGCUGCAGACGUCGCCGAAGACGUACGUGUCGAAGCCACCGGUCGAUAGCGAGCAGCCGCAGACGUCGCUUUCGUUGCUGAAGAAGCAAAGGGUGGCACCUGACACGGUCACGGCCAAUGACAGUCCCAACGAGGCGUCCGAUACGCUUUUUACGAAGAGUGACAAGACAACAAUGACGACGUCGAGCGCGGGCUCUUUCGAAGAGUCGAUUGACGACCAAAUCUUGCAGACGUCGUCUACGUGGUAUGACGAAAGCUCGGCGCCCGGUACGGUCAAGGCGAGCGACGACGUCGAGUCGAACUUUACAAAUCAGGAGGCACCGACGCAGUCAGAGUUACCACGAAAGGGUGAGGCCCCCGGCAGCUCGACCAGCACGCCAAGCCCGGCAGUUCCUCCCGGCAAGAGCGCUGCUAUCAGUCCGGGGGCUCAUCCAGAAGACACGGCGACGGGCAUCAGUAAUCAAUCGAGCGGCGUCCCCGAGUCAGGCUUCUCUGCUGCCGGUAUCGCUGGGAUCGUCGUCCUCGCGGUCGCUGGGAUCGCUGGUGUUGCGAUUGUGAUGAGCUACAAGAAGAACCAGCGGCGGCAGCGCGAGAUCAUGCGGGACGGCGGUAUUCAGACCAUAUAA